CAUCUCCUCUUCUCAACUUUCAUUCAUACACAUUCUUGUUCUUUGUGGUGACCCUGUUGUCACUAGUAUCCUUGAUACCUGUAUACCUAUCGCAAAGCAUACACCGCGUCUCCUUUGGCGCGCGUUCACCCUUCGUCGGGUCGUCUUUUGGUCAAAAUCAGAUUCCAAGUGGGCUCCUGUUAUCCACUACGUUGUCUUCAUCAAGUCGCCGCCUCGAACCUCUUUCACCUUCCCUAUAAUCUAUCGUCUCCGAGUUGUUUCAGCUAGUCAACAGCAUUUGGCACGUCCAGAGCUACUGGAAGAUCUCUCCCUGUCGAGACAAUUUCUUGAUCAGUUCAGUCAGUCAUCUCAUUCGUCCUACUUCCAGCAGCCGCCGGUCCCAGCGAGUCGCGAGCAUAGACGGAUACACCCGUCCAAUUCCGACAGACGAAAACCCCUGAUUUCUCCCACGAACCUACACAACAUGUCCCAGCUCCCCCAAAUCGACUUUGACGCCAUGCUUCGUCAAACCUACACAGACAACGGGCGUCGAUGGUCCUAUCCCGUCAUCGCGCCACAUGAUCCACUCCACCAACAACCAGUCAACCCAGAUGCUAUGAAUCCCUUCAUGCUUCCACAAGCUAGUCAGCUUCUCGGGAUCCCUCAGAGUCAUGCCAUGGCUCCAUCUCCAUCUCCAGCCAUCAGCCAAUCGAGUUUCCAGUCUACACCGCAUCUUCCCGACCAUUCUCAGAUUCGGUGUCAGUCGAAUCAGUAUAACGGAGCAGUGACAAGUCAAGCAGGUCUUCCAAGACAGCCAGACUAUCAAUCUAAUUUUGUUCCAGCCUUCGCUCCGCAGCGUCCUCCUAUGGCAGCUUCUGCGGGGGCUAUCGAUAUGACGAGCUUCGACGCCCUCGGCUUCCCUUCUACACAGGAGCAAAUUGGCCAUCCGAUGAUCCAACCAAGAUCCAUGGCUUCUGCUUUCACGGACUUCGAUAUUAGCUGCCUCAUGACCCAGGCCGCAAGCGCAUCUGCUCUCAAUAUCAGUGGUUACCCCCAAACGGAUCCAUCCUCUCAGACUGUGGCGACGAAUCAGCAGAUUCCUUUCUGGGCGGAUGCUGGUGUACAACAUGGUCACCCUUUCGGCGUUGGAAAUCAUUCGCCGACUGAGAGGUUCCAGAUGUCUGGCUCGUCGAGCAUCGGCUUUCCCAGUCAGAUCCAAUCCUCGACGCAAUGUCAGAAUAUAACUCCACCUUCCGGCGGCGGCUUUGGUGCCUCCUCGCAAUCGAGGAAAAAGCCAUACGACAGGCCGACUACGUCCAGCGCUGGAAGCAGAGGCUCCCCGUUGAGUAGGGCUAGAAAAUGGGAGCAGGGCCGUCAGUGGGGAUAUGGAAAGCAUCCGGAUAACCAUAUCCCCCGACCGUCUGAGCUUCUCAGCGGACCGUUCCACCGAGCCUGGCAAUCUGAGCAACCUCUGUCUCCCACCGUCGACGAUCUCGACUGCCCUGAUCACCUGGACCUCCUUCCUUAUUGCCGACCUCCCGUGGCGUCCGAUUACCCAGAGCCGCUCAAGAACACGCAAGAGGAGUUUCUUCCGACUCGAUACGAUGUCGCCAAAAUCCUGUACAAUUACCUUGAGCGACCCGACAGAGAUAUCAGCGAUGAAGACAGCGGGGAGGACACAAGUCCCCUGGACGAGUCGACGGAGAAAGCAUUGAUCAAGAAGCGGGAGGCUCGUCGGAAGACUAUCUUCACCCAGAAGUCCUAUGAGCGAAAAAUUGCCGCCGUGAUGGAGGAGGACAACGGAGUGAGGGCCAAAGGAUCGCGGAACUCGAAGGAGUCUGGAACCGCGAAGAAGUUUGAGGUUGUAGCGGUUGACCAUGAGCCGGUGCUGCUUUGGGAUGGAAAGCCGGUGGCGACAGUGGAGAACUUUUGGGAAAUCCUCAAGUACUGUCACGAGAACUGCAAGCACGGUGGUAGAGACAAGACCCACACUGAGGUCCAAGGGUUCUUCUCUCUCAUACCCAAGGAUAUUAUUAACGGGUAUGUCAAAAAGUGCCAGUAUUGUCGAAAAAAGCCCACUUCGACGGCUCCCGAAGCGUCCUACGAGCGGAUCAGAAUGCUCUCGUUGGUCUGUGAAGAUAAGCCAGAGAAUCAAGGUCAGAAGUUCGACCUGAAUACGGCGAAAGCCAUGGCGAUGAAACACGCGGGAUAUAUCCCCGUUACGUCGGCGCAGAAACGACAAAAGCUAAAGUCCGCGCCAAACAGCGCCAGCAAAGGUCGCAAAGGCAAGAACCCCGUUGCGCAUCAAGUCGGAGAGUUGAACCGACCAAUCACUGGUGCUGUCAUCGACUACGCGCCUGCACCUGGUCCGUCAUACGGUGUCCAUCAGCAGGUCGCGGCUUGGCAGCAGGUCAACGAUGUUCAGCCUAUUCCUGCAGCCUGUACCUCCUCAAUGGCCGACCCGUUUACCUUUCCCUCAGUCGACCACUCCAUGUUUCCUUUCAUUGACCCCUUCCAACAGCAAAACGGACUCGCCUCUCAUGGCGAAGCUUUCCAUGUAGAUCGUGCCGAAGCCGGACCCUCACUCAUGAGCUCUCGGUCGUCCAUGGAUACAAUGUCCAGCACCGAGGCGUUGACCACUUCAGCCUUCACAGUGGAGGAAGACGAGUGGCACCGCCAGUGGGUCAACAAGCAAGUCCAAGAGACGGUUGAGCAAUCGGCUACCGAGAAGGGAUCCUUCGAAGCGACGGCCAACUUGCCCAGGGUCUCCCAACCAGAAGGCUCAGCAUCUUUGGGUCCAUCGCCGAACUCGAUGGAUUUCGAUCGUUUCGUAUGUCAUAUUGGCCAGUACUGGGAUGGCGAGAUUCCUCCGGAAGUCGUUGAAAAGAUCUUGGCGACCCCCGAUGAGGAGGCUUUAGACGCUUCGGGGCGAAUCGGAGACGCGGAACAAGGAGGAGGAGCAGGGCCUCAGCCUUCGCAGUCGGGCGCGCAGACCUCGGAGAUCUCAUGUCAUAGCGAGAUGGCUCUGGCUGAACCGACUGAGGAGGAGCUCGCGGCGGCGCUGUCAAGCCUCAAUUCGAUGGAGCCUGACCAAUCCUUUGACUCGCUUUUCCUCGACACCAGUGGGGUUGAAGCGGCGCCUAUGGAGCAUCGAGGCUCCGAGUGGGACGGACACAAAAUCAGCACUCGGUCUGAACUACCGCCACAAUUUCCAGCCGGUGCCGUACUGUGACCGUCGAUGUCGGAUCCCUCACAUUUGAAACAUUGAAAUCUUCGCUGUCACCCUGUAGCAAUAUCACUCACAUUUUGGGAUCAAAUACUCAAU